AUGGGCGAGCUGAAGACGCUCGUACAUCUUCGUGGCCAAGCGAAGGCCAAAGUGACAAGGAUCCGGAAAACCAUCGAAGAAAUUUCGAAAGCUGGCAUUGUUCAAUUAACAUUGUCCCAACUGAAAGUGUAUUCGAAAAAUCUGGAUGCUCACUUCCAAGAAUAUUUGAGUUUCCACUACCAAAUCACCGCUUUAUUGCCAGCGGAGAAAUUGGAUGAUAACGAUGAAAUGUAUCUGCAGUUCGAGACCCAUCAUACCGAAACCGCAAUGCUAGUAGAAGCAUUAAUCCAGGAUGCUACCCCGCCACCUACCCCCGCAGUCGUACCCGCUACCGUGCCCGGUGUCCCACAUGCACAAGUAGUCGUGCAGCAGCAACCGCUGCCGGUCCCAAUCCCCUCGUUUGAUGGGAAACCGGAGAACUGGCCGAGAUUCCAGCAAGUGUUUAUGGAUAUAAUGUCAAGGUCCAAGGAUUCUGACGCCAUCAAGCUACAUCAUCUUGAGAAAGCUCUAGCAAGUGGUUCUGCCUCCAAGAUCAUCGACCCGAGAACGCUCAGCGAAGGUAAUUUCGCCCACGCUUGGGAUCUACUGCUUGACGUUUAUGAAGCUGAAAGAAAGGCAGUAGACUCCCACAUCCACGGCCUGCUAAGUUUGAAGCGAAUGCAAGGAGAAUGUACCAAACAAAUUAGAAGCCUACUGAACGAGACAACCCGACACGUUGAAGGUUUGAAGCUUCUAGGACAGGAUCUAGAAGGAGUGUCCGAAAGAUUUGUCGUCGUCGUCCUAUCUGAUGCCUUUGACCCAGAGACCAGGAAGCAGUGGGAAGCUACCAUUCCUCACAAGGAAAUUUCAAUAUAUGAAGACACCGUUAAGUUUUUGAAGGAGCGCUGCUCACUAUUGGAGCGUUGUGAAGCCAGUCGUCCAAAAUCGUCAACCAAGGAAUCCAGCCAGAAACCAACCUCGAAGCCCACGCCGAUGAAGUCGUUCGCUGUGGCUGCACCCGUAGCCAACAGUGACGCGAAAUGUGAGAUCUGCGAUGCGAAUCAUCCCAACUUUAAGUGCGACAGGUUUGUGUCUUUAACGGUACCCCAACGAAGAGUUAAGGUAAGAGAACUUAACCUUUGUUUUAAUUGCUUGAGGAAAGGUCACCUAUCCUCAAAAUGCCCUUCGACUAAAUCAUGCCAGGAGUGCCAGGGUAGGCACAAUACGUUACUCCAUGAGCCCAAAACUACAAGGCACGUUCCAAAACCCGUUGAUAGUCCAAAUCCCCAACCAGAAAUACCCCAAGUCGUUUGUUCCAAGGUGCCUCCCUCAGGAAGUAUUUCGUCUUUGUCCAAUUCCGUCCAUAAGGUACCACGAUCAGAUGGUACCCUAUUGCUUACGGCCAUGGUUGAUGUAUUAGACAAAUCUGGAAAUUAUCACCCUUGCCGUGCAUUCCUUGAUUGUGGUUCCCAGCCACAUUUGGUUUCCAGUUCACUUGUUGAGAGUUUGGGAAUCGAUCAGGUAUCUACCCACGUUGAAGUUGUAGGAGCAACCGGUAAAGGAUCGGUGCUUAACAGAAAGGCUACGCUCUCUUUUCGUUCCCGUUGUACGGAUUAUCAGGCCCGAAUUGAAUGUUUGGUCACCGAUGUGGUGACAGGUCCCCUUCCCGGUCGUAAAUUGGAUCCACGCUAUUGGAAUAUUCUCAAGGAAACCCUCCUAGGGUGGGUUGUUGCAGGCGGAGCUGAUGAUGCUAGUGAGAAUCAACAUUGCUAUACUGCCAGUCUACGUCCGCUGACAGAGUGCAUAGAGAAGUUUUGGUCUGUGGAAUCGAUUGAGGCUCAUGAUCCCGCAUCUAAGGAAGAGCAAGUUUGUGAACAGAUUUAUAGUUCAACUACCGUUAGAAACCCAGAUGGUCUGUACACUGUUCAUUUACCAUUGACCGAAUCUAUAAGUGAGUUGAGCUGUAAUCGAUCUUUGGCCCUGAAGCGAUUCCACAUUCCAGCAACGUCUACUCAAGAAUGCCGAAAUGAAGAUGGCUUACGUUGA